GCUGCUGCUGGGAGCCCUCUGCACCCUCUGCCUGGUGGGGGUGGCUUGGGCCUGGUGGAGGCACAGGCACGGCCAGCCCCGGGGCAGCCGUCCGACUGCAACAGCAUCAUCCGGAUUGGGGACCAGUUCUGGGCUCGGAAGGAGGCAUGUUCAGAGAAGCUUUCCUUCAUUUGCCAGCCCAGCCUCCGUAGGCUGCGCAGAGAGAUUUCCACGUCACAGCAGCGACGCCAUCCCUGCACAGUGAGGUGUGGCCCAAGAGGGAGGGCCAGGACAACCCCUGGGCUCACCAGAGAGCCAGUGACUGCCCCUCGCAGCUUUCAGCCAGGAGCCGUGAGCCAUCGGCAAGCCAACAGCCCAGCAGACGCCAGCAGUGCACCCUGGCCACCCACUGGCAUGCAGGAUACUCCCUGGACCAGGCUGGAGCUCAGCCCCUAUCCUCCGCUGGCCCCUUGUGGUGGAACCUCUGCUGUGCCAGAAGCCACUGUUCCCUCUGGCCCAGGACCUAGCACCCAGGCACAGCCCACCAGCAAGUCCACUUCCGAGGGAACAGAAAGCCUCCAGCCACCACCAGCCGAGGGAUUGGCCACACUCAGCCCCCAGGAUGUCCUGCCUGAGGACAGGGGACAGGCCCUGGAGCAGCUGCUGGGCCAGUUCAACCAGAUGGUGCAGACACUGGGACAGCCACUGGCAGUGGAGAGGGCAAGCCAGGCCCUGCAAGAUUUAACCAGCUUCCCUGCCGUGCUCUCGGGGAACGACCAGGCUCAGGCCAGCCAGGCCCUCCUGUUCUUGAGCUCUCAGUUAUGGAUGGAGCCAAUGGCAAGCAACCGCUCCUCUGCGGGCACAGCAACAGCAGCCUUGGCGCUCUUCCAGUCUCUCAGCAACCUACUCAUGGCCAUGGGUACUAAUGCCUCCAGCACCAGUGGAAGCGAGCAACAGCAAAGGGCAGCCUUGGUUGAGACACUGGCAGCCCUGCCUCUGGUCCAGUCGGGCCUUCUCCUGGGCAGUUCCUCCAGCAAGCCCUGUGUGACUGUGGACUCUCCGGCACUCAGCACCACUCUCAGCAGCCUCGGGGCGACCUCCCUGCCUCACAGUUCCUUCCACCUGCCUCAGCCGAAGCCCCUGACGGUCACCUUCCCGUCCACUUCCUCUCUGUCACCGCUUCUGCACCAGCACUCCCAGAGCCUGCUGCAGGUCCAGGUGGCCUCUUUUGCACUGGACCCUUUCAGGCCCCUGGGUGGGAAGCCCAUGGCAAGUGUGGCCAGCAUCGCUCUCCGUGCCAAUGAGGGGCCUAUCAACAUGCAUGGCCUCUCCGAGGAGAUUGAGAUUGUUCUCGAGGGAGAAGAGGAAGCAGAGGACUCUGCCACCCAGCUGAAUGGCGCCAGGCACUUCGGCGUGGAGGCAAACAUCACAUCCUCGGAGGAUGCCCUGCUGGUCAGCGUGAGGCCUGCUGCACCACUCCAGAUCACCCUGUGCCUGGAGUCCCCCCUGCAACGCCAGGGCAACAGCUGCCUCCUCAAUACCACACUGCCCAAAGGCAGAUGGCAAGAGGAGGGUGCGUACGUGUGGGUGGUACCCCCGGAGAACCUGUGCCACGGUCAGGGCACCUACUUCCUCUCUGCAGAGGUGGCACCACAUCCACAGGGGGACCACAUCCAGGAGGACCUCUCCAUCUCCAUUGCCAGCACGGGAUGCUACUACUGGGCCAGCCAACACCAGGCCUGGAGAAGCGAUGGGUGCCGGGUGGGACUCAACAGCACCUUGCGCAGCACUCAGUGCCUGUGUGGCCACCUCAGUUUCUUUGGCCGCUUCCUCCUGAUCCUUCCACACACGAUAAACCUCCAGCGCACAGGACAGCUUCUCAGCAAAGUUGGACAGAACCCAGCCGGACUGGCCCUGCUGUGUAGCCUCUUGCUGGCCUAUGGGGCCCUCCUGUUUUGGGCCCGCCAGAGGCAGAAACAGGAUCGUGCAAAGGUGAGGGUCACAGUCUUGGUGGACAACGAUGCCAGCGCCCACUUCUACUACCUGGUUCAAGUCUUCACAGGCUACCGGCGAGGAGCAGCCACAUCUGCUAAGGUUCUUCUGACCCUGUAUGGGGCAGAGGGCCGGAGUGAGCCGCACCUCUUGCAGCAGCCACAAGCGCCUAGCUUUGAACAGGGCAGCAUGGACUCUUUCCUCCUCGCCACUCAGAAGCAUUUGGGCAACCUGCAUGCCGCCCGUCUCUGGCACAACAACUCUGGAACAAACCCCAGCUGGUUUGUGAGUCGGCUGGUUGUCAGUGACCUGACUGCCAGGAAGAAAUGGUACUUCUUGUGUGACUGCUGGCUGGCGGUGGACAUGGAUGAUGGCCAAGUGGACAAGGUCUUCAUACCCGCCUCUGACCAGGAGCUGCUGUCAUUUGGGAAUCUCUUCUGGGGCGGGCUGGUGAACAAACUGACGCAGGAGCACCUGUGGCUGUCGGUGGUGACCUGUUCUCCAUGGAGCCCCUUCACCCGAACGCAAAGGCUCUCCUGCUGCCUGGCACUCCUGCUGUGCUCCAUGCUGGUCAACAUCAUGUUCUGGAAAGGGCCGGAGGAGGAAGGGCGUGACCCAGAGCCAGGACCCUUUGUGGUGACGUGGCAGGAGGUGGUGGUGAGCGUGGAGGCAGCCCUCCUUCUGAUGCCCCUUCACCUGCUGAUCGUGCACAUCUCCCAGGUGGUCCAGCCGCCUGCCCAAGAGCCGCCGCCGCCACCACCGCCUCCUCCUGUGGGCACCGCCCUCCCACAGCCAGAAAGAACUCUCUCCCAGCACCUGCCCACAAUGACCCCCAUUCGGCAGCUGCUGACCGAGACCGUAGGCUUCUUGUACAAGAACCCCCAGUGCUACCGCCGGGAGCCAGCAGAAUUCCCUGGGGCUUGGAAGCAAACGCCAGAGCUGGUGGUUGGCCUCUGCAGUCUCAUCUGCUCCUAUCUUCAGCAGCUGGAGGAGCCAGAAACAUCUGCACAAGAGCCAUCCUGCAGCCUCCUCAGUUACCUGGGCCAUGUUGUGCGCGACUUAGAGGCUCAGCUCCACCGCCGGGACUGGCACCGCCUCCAGAGCCCUUCUGGCCUCCGCCAGGCCAUGGGCCAGCUGCAGCAACUCCGGCAGCAGCUGGAGCAGCAGAACCCCUGCCCUGGUGUGGAGCCACCCAGGCAGCCCAGCAGCUUCCCCACUGAGGCCUCUGUGGAAAAAAGAGGCCGCUGCUCCUUUGGAGGCCUGCCGAGGCGCUUCCAGUUCGUCUGCUGGCUCACUUUGGGCACCGUGAGCCUGGCCUCGGGCUUCUUCACCGUGCUAUACAGCCUGCAGCUGAGCAGGGUCCAGGCUACCCAUUGGGUCACCAGCAUGGUCCUCUCCGUGCUGCAGGGCAUCUUCUUCAUGCAGCCACUGAAGGCAACAUGCUCUGCACCGGCAGAAAGGGCAGGGGUGGGGCCGGCUGCCCAGAGGCUUGCUGGUUUACUUCCCCUCCUCUCCCCUCAGGUGGUGGCCCUCACCUUGAUCUUCUCUCUGAUGCGGAGGAGGGAGCUGUGGCAGGACAGGGGUCAGGAGCGGGAGCUACAGCGGGCACUAGCCCUUGUGGAAGGGCACCUGCACUCUGCACCCCCAAGCGCAAAAGGCCGGGCCACCGACGGCAUCUACAGGCCACCCCCUCUCAAGCCGGCAGUGCAGCCCAAGGGAAGAGCCCUGAGAGAAAAAAGGCUGUACUCCUUGGCCCGAGAAAUUGCGGUGCAGCUUGUGUUCCUGGCCGUGCUGAUGGUCCUUUGUUAUGCUGAGAGGAGCCCCAACGAGUUCUAUCUGAAUGAGGCCCUUCAAAAAAGCUUUGCACGCCAAGCGGGCAACAUCCAGACUCUUGAGCAUCUGUACGCCUGGGCCAAGCGCACCCUGCUGCCUGGCAUCUAUCGUGAUUCUGAAGGUUUUGCCACAGAUGGGAACUCUUUCCUUGUCGGGAGUGUGCGGCUGCGGCAGGUCCGGGCCAAGGGAGGCCCAAACAAGUCUGGGCCAGCUUUCCUUUGGCCCCCAGAGGAACCCUGUGCAGCCAGUCAGGAAGACAGAGGGUGCUUUGGCCCCAACUGGGGCCCUGCUGACCCAGAUGACAGAGCCCAGGCGAGAGCCUGGGUCUACCAGACUGGAACUGCCCUGCAAGAGUUCCCUGUCUGGGGGAAGCUGGCCAUCUAUCCAGGAGGCGGCUACCUGGCAGACCUUGGACCAAACGCAACGCAUGCCAACAGCAUCCUUCAUGCUCUGGCACAGGACAAGUGGCUGGACAGGUGCACACGGGCCAUCUUCAUAGAAUUCACCGUCUACAAUGCCAACGUCGACCUCUUCUGUGCGGUCACAGUGAUGCUCGAGACCAGCGGAAUAGGGGCCUUUACCAGCUCAACUGCCCUGCAGAUUCUUCGGCUCUAUCCCAACAGCCAGAUGCUUGUUCAGCUGGCCUGUGCCCAGAUUGUAUUCUUGCUCCUGCUCUUGUACUACAUCGUGGUGCAGGGGCAGCGCCUGAAGGAGCAGAGGUGGAGGUACUUCAGCACCAAGAGGAACCUGCUGGAUGCCCUCAGCGUCCUCAUCAGCCUGACUGUAGUGGGCCUGUAUGUGAAGAGGGGAGUUCUGGCAGCCAGUGUCCUGAGACGGCUCCGCCGGGACCGCAGCAGUUUCGUCAGGUUCUCAGAGAUGGCCGAAGCAGACGCAGCUCUUACCUACCUGAUUGCCUUUCUGGUGGCCUUGACCACCAUCCAGCUGUGGAAUCUGCUUCGAUUGAAUCCAAGGCUGCAUCUCAUCACCCGGACACUGCAGGUGGCCUGGGACGAGAUCCUGGGGUUCCUCCUCACACUUCUGGUGCUCCUCGUUGGCUACGCCUUUGCAUGUAACCUGAUGUUCGGAUGGAGCAUCUUCAACUACAAGACCUUCUUUGAUUCAGUGGUGACCAUUGUGGGGCUGCUGGUCGGGAUAUUCAAUUACGAAGCGGUCAUCACCUUGGACCCAGUGCUGGGCUCCCUUCUGAUUGCCACCAGCGUCCUUUCCAUGGUGUUUGUGAUCAUCAACUUGUUUGUCUCUGCCCUUCUGACAAUCUUCAGCAGGGAGAUGAAGGCUGUGAAGGGCAGCAAAGAGGAGUCCAUGAUACAGUUAGUUCAACUAAAGAUCUCCAUUUUAUUUGGAAUCAAGCGGUGGGUCCCAGUACCUGCCCAGGAUGAAGCUGCACAGGACUGGCUCCCGCCCCCGGGACAGCUCAGCACAGACGCUGCAAGGAGCUCGGCUUCAAGGCCUCACUGA